GUUCACAUGCGCCUAGUUUGAAAUACCUGCGGAUAGUCAACAAUGGUUGCUUGACAUGUUUUAUUAUUCAUAAUAAUAGUAAUAGUCACAAAUUAUAUAUUUCAACGGCCUUACCAUUUCAGCUAUUAUGGAUGUACCUGGGUAAGUUGAAUAUAUAAAUUUGUUCAAGGCAAAUGUUGUUUUUAUUAAAUAUGAGCUUUAUAUUUGAUGAGAAAAAGGGUGAGUGAAUAUUCCCCUCUGUCUAAUGACUAAUCAAUCUUGUCCUGGUGGUCGCGACAUCGUCGACCCUCUUUGCCAAUCUUUGGUUUCCCUCCCUAAGCACUGUACUCUACGCUUUAAGUCUUAAGACUUAUUUAAAAUUCACUAAUACAUACAAUAAUUUAAUUUCAUCAUGAUCUCUAGACAAAUCUAAAUAAAAUUAAAUGUACUCAAUAUACUGUAAUGUGAGAAAGUUCAUAAAGUGUCAAAUUUUGGUCUUUUUUUUUGUUUAGAUGACUCCACCUUUACACUGAGUCUGAGUGUUGUCUUCUUCAGUGAAGUCUAAUUCUUUACAACCAGUCUCCAGCUAAAGAGGGGUCCAGGGACCUCAGCUGGAAACUGUUUACUGUUUAUUGAAAAAGGCUCAUUUUAACUAUGAAAUCUAACCUAGAAAUCUACUUGGGGCACUCAGUCUUUUCCUGUGUCAUAUGUUUCACUGAUGUGAUGUGUUGUUUUGUGUCUGAACGUCCACCAUGACAAUCCUAAAAACAUUAUUGCAAACUGUGCACUCGGAUUCACUUUCAUAGCGUACCUUUUUAAUAUAGUUCCACUCUUUGGAAUGCUCCUCCAUAAACUUACAUUGACGCUUGGGCAUCAUAGUUAUUGUCUUCAUGAGAAGAUAAUAUAAAAUUAAAGAAUAAAGUUCAACACCCAAAACAAACACCUGACACGAACAGGCCAGAAGGGAUCACACACCCAAGACUAACACAUUGCACGUAGCGGUAGCUGAAUCAAAAUAACAUAUCGCCUCCUCUCCCCCCCCAACACACACACACAUCGCAGCUUCAAGUCUUGUGUCUUUCGCUGGCUAUACAUUUACAUAUAAGAUCUAUGGCAGGGACACUGUGGUGGGUGGGAACAGUGCAGCCAUCAUGCGAGCCCACAUUACUGCCACUGGCUACACAGCUAGCCAAAAUAUUACUUGAAGAUUUGAAAUUGUUUUUGGUUUUAAAAAAUGGGACAUUUAGGCGCCCCGAGAGACUUUUUCGGGAAUCCCGUUUUUACGGGACGUUCGGUCACCCUACUUUGGGCCUAAAAAAGCUUAGAGCUAAAUCUCAUAAGAAAAUGGUUUUGAAUUAUUAGGGCAGCUGUAACUGUAACUAAGCUACUAUGAGCUCAUUCCACCCAGCAAUUUAAGCAGCAUAAUUAAUAAUACAUAGACGUAGACAAUACAGUUUAACACAACUGUUGAUGAAUCUGGACAAAGUCAAAGGUUGAACCCUUUUUACCAUUUUUCAAGAGUGACAACUGAUUAUUAUCCUACCCUAAAUUAGCCUACAUAUUUAAAAUUAAGCGGUGGAAGCAUCAUUAUAAUCAAUUUGUCAACAAAAACUUUGGAAAGGCAGGAAUUUAUAAUUAGGGCCUAAGCUAUCUAAACUACUGUCUUUCUUUUUAACACUCUCACUUAAGAAUUAAUUAGACAUUUGUAGGCCCCACCUACAACUUUUCAUAUAAAAUUACGUAACUUGAAUUAUCUAGGCUCUUUGCUAAUUGAAAUAUAAAAGAAAUUUUAAGGAAAAUAGAAUAAAAGAGUAAUUAGUAGGGGCCUAAUAAUUAAUACUGUCAUUACGAGAAAGUAAAAAUCAGUAUGGCACAAAAUGGUAGCUCUUCUGACUCAUUGCCAUAUGUGUACAUCUGAAAAAAGACUGUUCUAAGUAAAAUACAACAAACCCAUCUAAAAUGGUCUUGUAAACUGCGCAAGGUAGCUUUUCUUGUCCAGGGGUAAAACCUGUGGGGGAAAAAACUGACAAGAUAGUAGCAUUCUUAGCCUAGGGGGCCAUUCAUAAAUGAUGCACACUGUUUUGCUAUUCUCUCUUUCCCCCCCCCCCCCCCCNNNNAAAAAAAUUUAAAAAACCCGGAAAAAACCAGAGUUUGGGGGGGGGGGGGGGGGGCGCAAUGCAAUAGGUACUGUCAAUGCACUUGUAAAGUCUUAAUUAAAGGCGGCAAACCCCUGGAUGACCACUUUUAAAAAAAGGUAUUCAUGUUGACACAAAUAUUUUAUUGUUUGAUUCUUUUAAAAUUAAAAUAAAAGUGAUGUUGAUUUUGUGUUUGUAUUUUAUUACCAGUAAUACCAGCCCAUGCAGGGAGCAAACAAGGUUUGCUUUCUCAAAAGUUAUUGAUACUUCACUUCAAGAGUUGUAUCGGAUUUGGGAUAAAAUGGGAAUUGAUGAGAGCCAGAAAAAAGCCAGAGGAGACACAGCAGUCAUACAUGUAAGAAAUCUCAUGCAAGACAUGGUGAAAGAGGAGGUCCUUCUGAUGAAUAAAGUUGAAAAGACGAUAGAAGAUUUUUCAGAGAAGUUAGCUCAGCUUUGUGAUGAGCUUUCGCUCCCUCAAGUGAAAGUGAGUGCUUCAUUUUUUUCCAUUUAAUGGCUAUGCGUUUACAUAUUUGAUUGAUGUUAAUUUAUUUACCAGAAAAUAAAUUAAAUCGUAGAGAAAGAAAAAAAAUUUGUCUGCCAAAUUACAUUAAUCUAAUAUCUAGUUUUAGGAAGCUAUUUACUCAUGAAAAAUAUCCCCUUCUAAAAGAAUAUUAAUUUAUAUAAAGAAGUUUUUGUAUAUAUCAUUAACAGGUCAUAAACUUAGAAGCAGUUGAGCAAGCUUUAAAGAAAUAUUUAAUUUAUCAAUCCGCUAACUAAAUAUGAUACAUUAUUAGGAGGGGUCGGGAAGGAACAUCAAAUUGACAAAAUUAAUAGUUGGCUUUUCUGAGCCAUGGUUGUUGGUACUUUCUUAGUGUCGGUAAAGAUAAACAGAAUUAUUCUGAUUCCAAUUUACCUUGGGGAAGUAUUAAACUUUUGCCUUGAUCAUGUUUGCUUUUGUACCCAUAGAGGUCUGUACACUGCAACUAUUUUCAAUGGAUGUGUUUGAGUUUAUUAAUUUAUUUAGGGAAACAAUACAAAUUUUGCUAAUAAUAACAAUCAAUAUUUUAUGUGUAAACAGUUUUAAUAUUUAACCUUUAAUUGUAUUAAAUUUAAUGUACCAGUAUUAGUUCAUAACUGCUAUUUAACUUUGAAGCAAAUAUUCUAUACAUAUCAUUUUAUAUCAUUAUCAUGCGCGUUAAGCUUUCUUUUUCUUUGAAGUUGCCAUUGAAAUAUAUUUUAAACAGUUACCUGGAAAUAUGACGAUGGUGCAAAAGGAAAAGAUUUUACGUCAGAAGGUUGAGACCAUGAACAAAGAAAAGAAUGACAGACUUACAAAAUAUAAAGACUUGCAUACCAGAGAUCAGUACUUAUGUGAUGUCAUGUUAACUACUCCUUAUUAUAUCCCUUCUGGGACAGUACCAACUCUAGAGCAACUUAAAGAGAUGGAAAAGCAUGUUGUCAAUUUAAAUGCAGAGAGAGUAAGUAAAAUGUUGAUUGGGUGUUUAACAUGGAUUUUAAGCACCAUUUCACUUAGCCAUUUCAAAGACAUUUUUCAGGAUACAUGCUAUUUCUGUUCAAAGUGUGCUGGGGAAUGCUUGAAAUUUAUAACAGUUAGCUCUUCCUAUAACUUUAAAACCCCUACCACACAUAAAAAAACAAAUGUUUUAAUUAAAGUAAAAUGAAAAUAACUACCAUAUUUAUUGGUGUUUAACACUCACUUUUUCUCUCACUUUAUUGUGAAAUGUUCUGCUUCCAACUUUACGAUCUAUAAGAUAAUUAACAUUUUCUAUUGAAAUUAUGUCUAUUUACUAGGACAAUUAGCAUUUUCUAUUGAAAUAAAUUCUAUUUACUAGGACAAACGCUAUGCAGAAUUAGUUUCCACCAAAGCAAAGAUUAUUGAGUUGUAUCAUACUAUGGAGAAUGACCCAGAUACUACAUUAGGUCGUGAUCUGAUAUGUGAAGAUGAUGAUCAUUUAAGUUUGUCCUCAAAAAACAUGGAAGAUUUAAAACGAUUGUGGGAGGAGGUAAGUCAUAAGUCCAGACCUGUUUACCCUCAAACUCUUAAAAUCGUACAAUAUCAUAACAAAAUCGUUUAAUACAUUAUCUUAAUAGUAAAAAAUAAACAUACAGUGUAUAUAUAAUGUAUAAACCUCAAAAUCGUACAUUAUACGCCAAAAUCGUAAGACUAAACAGGUCUGUAAGUCUUAUUGAAUGAUUGAUUGAUUGAUUUGUAAUUUUUGGGGGGCAUAAUACAUUAGAUAAAAAGCAGACACAGGAAAGUGAAAAAUAAAUUCAUUUUGAUUUAUUGAGGUAGUCUUGAAACUAUUGGUAAAGUUAAUUUUUGUUCUAUUGUUUUUAAAGUGUUAAAGAUGUUUUUUUCCUAAUUAAAUGUUAUUUGUUGUAAAAUUAUUAGUUAUCCAAAAAAGACUCUGAAAUGAAACAAGAGACAGCAGACCUUUGGGACAAACUCAAAGCUCUUUGGAAUAGACUGGAAACUCCUGACAUUGACAGGGAGGCAUUUGAGCUUAAUCAUGAAGGUCAUGGAAGAAAGGUUAUUUCAGCUCUGAAAGAGCAGAUUGCUGCCUGCGAACUUCUAAAAUUUCAAAAUAUGCAAAGAUUUAUUGAUGGCAUAAGAAAUGAGUUAGUAUCAUGGUACGAAAAGUGCUUCUUCAGUAAUGAACAGAGGGAAAAGUUUACAGCAUAUACUAAAGGUUAGUUUUACUUUCAUUUAAAAAUGUACUGUCAACAAGGUUUUAGUUUAUUGGCUGAAAACAUGUAAAAUAAAGAAGAUCUCCAAUUAUGAUAAUAUAGUAGAGUCUGCAAGGAUGUUCUUUUAAUGGCGAUCCAUUAAUGAAAUGUUUAGCUAUUUUAAGACAACUUUAAAAAAUGUGAUGUAGCAUGUGAAAAGAUUGAAAUCAUUCACUGUUAACUUAGAUCAAAACUCUUAUUUAUAUACAAUUUUGAAAUAACUGUUUUUUUCUAUCUUGCUUAAUUUAAAAACAAAUUUAUUAAAAAUUAACCUCUGCAUAUAAAUAAAUUUUGCUAUUAGUUAUAUUCCAUGAAUUCUGAGCUUUUAUUUCAACAAGAAAAGAUGAUACACAAAUGUAUUACACAUUUUUUGCAUGAUUUGAAACCUUAUGUCCAAUCCUGUGUAUGCUUUUUAUUUUAAUUUUUAACAUGAUUGAUUGUUUAAAAUUAUACUUACAGCUGAAUGUACAGAAGAAUUGCUGAAAGCUCAUGAGGAUGAAUUAGAAAAACUAAGACAAUACUACAAUUUGCAUAAAGAUCUGCUUGAAAAAAUUGCUAGAAGAGAGGAACUGUUUAAAAAUAUGCUGGUCUUUGAGGUAAAUCUUUCACUUAUUUAUGGUUUCAUUUUUUGUGUAAAAACUAAGCAUCUGCUCUGAAAUUUGGAAAAUCUCCUGUUGGAACAAUUAUGUACCGUAACAAAUGUUUUUAUUUUUGAAGCGAUAACUUUCCAUUGCUCAAACAACAAACAGUCAAUUUUAUUACAGCUUUAGUAGAAUGACUGAAUAACAAUAAAAACUGAUAUUAGUCUUGAACUAAAAUCAAAUAAAUAGAAAUUCAUAAGAAACUAAUUAAACUAUUAGUUUUUAAAGAGUCAACCUAGUUAAUAAUCUUUCAAACAACAAAUUUAUGCUCAUAUCUAAAUUAUAUCUUUAGUAAUCACUUAGCUGUAACUAAUUUGUUUAUGGUGAAUGUAACUUGACAUUUUUAUAAUUAAAUUAUAUUUACAUAUGAAUUUUCAGCUUUAAUUUGCUUAAGAUUCUUGUGUAUUUUAUUUUAGGAAAAAGCUAGUGAUCCCAAUAGGUUCUUUAAUGACAGAGGUGGAAAACUCUUGCAGGAAGAAAAGGCAAGAAAAAAACUUAUGAAGGAUUUACCAAAGGUUUGUUUACCCUCUUGGAUUGAUAAUUGGAGAUUUUUUAAAAUUAUAAAAGCUUCUAUGAAUGUACUAAAUCAGAAGUUCCUUUACAUAAUUAAAGUGAGCAACGGAUUUGAUUUCUAAAAAUGGAGCCUAAACUUAAAGAAUAGAAAAUAAUUGUACAACCUUCAUUAAAUGAUCAAACAUUCAACAUAUACUCUCCUUUUCAUGAAUUUAGGUUGAAGAAGAUGUUGGUGAAUCCAUUUCAAAGUGGGAAAAGGAGUCUGGAAAAGAAUUUCUUGUUAACGGCAUGCGCUUUCCACAGUAUGUUGAGAAACAGUGGGAGGACUUUCAUUUACAUAAGGAGCAGCAGAAACAAUCUAGAGUAAUUUUAUUUUACAAACUAUAGAGUUAAUAAUUCAGUCUGAAAAAAAAUCAUUAUUUUUGGUCUGUUCUAUUAAAUUUCAUUUUAAGAGCUUUUAGUUUCUAAAUUCCACAGUUGAAUUAAUUGAUAGCUUUUAAAGGCAUUUAAGUGAAAAUCUAUUCAGUUUAUAUUAUAUCAAGCCAUUUUUUCUCAAAAUUAGCUUGCAUUAUAUAGACUAUUUGUUCUUUGGCACUGAUUUUUUUGAAGUGAUUGCAUUUAUGUCAUCUGCAAUCAAAUAAACUUUAUUCAAGUAGACCACAGUCAUAUGUAGUGUGUACUAAAAUGAAAUAUACUAAAAACUGUGGAAACUUCAAAUUUAAAAGAAAACAAAUCGCAAUAACACAAGGCGUAGAACAUAGAUAUAUUAAAAAUGCUGAUCUUACCCAAGUGCAGCUUAAGUGCUUGUGGAGUCAGUACCAAUAACCACCCAAUUUUUUACAUUUUUUUUUUUAAUAUUUGAAAAAUUAUUGUCUUGAAAUUUUAAAUAAUGGGUGAAUUCCGGUACUGGCUUUAAGUUCAAAAUAUAAUUUCUAGACUUUUUAAUUAAUUACCCAUAAAAUUUUUAAGAAACUUGGUCCUCAGCUCAAGGCACGUGCUAAGCAAACUCAAGAUGAGAUGCUUUAUGGAAGUAAAUCUGUCUCCCAGACACCUAGUAAACGAAAGGUCCCCUCUGUCACUACACCCAGUCGAACACCCUUAAAAGCUAGAAAGGUUUGUAAAUUAUAAAUGGAGCAAAAAUCGUUUUAAAAAUAAAAAAAAAAGCCAUUAUGUUCUGUAUAAAAUUGUGCCAUUUAGUGAUGAAAUAUAUAUGUAUAUAAUCAGUUGUACAGGAGAUUGAUUGCUCUAGCCAUAAUUUAACUAGCGAAUAUGUCUACAUUUGCUUUUUAGAUCUUUACUUUUAUUGUUGUAUGAGUUCAUAGUUUUUAUUUAAAUGUGCUUUGUACCUUUUUUUAAAAAACCCUGUGAAAUGUCAUUUAAAAUUUUUUGUAACCUCUGUUCUAGAAAACAUAAGCCAUCUGUGAUUUUUAAAGUCACAUUUUUAGAUUGCUGGUAUGUUUUAUGUUUUUAAAAUCAAAUAAAUUUAGCUUGGAAUACUAUUUUCAAAUAUGCUAAUCAAUGUCAGGAUUGAGUUCACCUUUGAGCAAUAACAUUUAGCACAAACAAAACUGUACCGGUAUAAUUUUUAAUAGUGAAUAAAUCACAUUUACACUGCUGGCACUUGUUUUCUUGAAUUGUAUAUUGUUUAGCUGUUGCAAGAAGGCUUGUGAUUGGUAUUUUAACACAAAAAUAUUAUUGAAAAGACCCUACUUGCUUGACCAUUGAAAAAAAAAAUUAUAUUAAAUUUAUUCAUAUUUGCGAAAUUGCUUUUAUAUGUUCAGAUUUCCCUUUCUGGUCUGAGGCAAAAAUUAUCUAAAUGUUAAAAUUAAUUGAAUUAUCCUUUUUACAUAGAAAUAUUUUAAGGCUAAUGUGAGGGCUACAAGAAUAAGCCUAUACAAAUAUAUAUAUCAUUGUCUUAAGGUUGCAAAUUAUUGAGCCCGUAAUAAGAGUUAAAAAUUUCAGAUUCAUAUAGAGUUGUGAAAAUAAUUUAUUUCCGUAUUUACUUGCAGAGUCAAAUGUGAAAUAUAACUAGACGAGACCCUUAAUAAAUUUAAAUAGUGAAUCCAAUCAUGACUAGCAAUUUCAGCUAUAAUUAUAAUCAAAAGAUGUGUGGUGCAUCAAAACGUUAAGUAAAUACAACAUCUUACAGGUACAUUUGAAUCUGGGUUUCCAAUUUUUGUAGACAUACAAUGUGUUUUCUAUUUUCCUUGCAUCUUAUUGGUGCCUAAAGGGUCAAUUGGAAAAAUAUAUAUGUAUAUUUUCAUGUUGUAUCAGUGUGUUACAGCAUUCAAAGGUGAAUAUUAUCUUUCAAAGGUUGAGUCAAGUCCCACUUUGUCUGUGAAAGUUAAAGUGCAAUACAGCAGGGUGAAUUUUUUUUAAAUCAAAUACUUUAACUUUUUUUCAAUGCUAACAAUUGUUAACUUUUUGUCCCAAUUGACAGCUCAAUGAAAUGCCAAAGACUCCUAACACUACUAGCAGAUUGCCUAAUUAUCAUUCAACACUUGUGAUGCAUUCACCAUUCGGCAGACAGCCUCUGUACACUCCUAAGGUACACAGAAGCUUAAACCGCCUGCAUAUAUUAACUUGACAAUUUUUGUUGUUUUUACUAAUCAACAUUUAAGUCCAUUUAAAAGAUUUUGCAUAUGUUAAGUUGUAUACAGAUCUGGCAUCUUUCUUUGAUUUUUUUUUUGUAUUACAGUUAUGCUGUAGCCAAAUAUUUCUAAGAGGAUGAAAAAAAGAAACAAUAAUGUCUUACUCUUAGCCACUGACAAUGAAAUAAGCAACUAAAAUUUAGAAUUAUUACUAGCUUGCAUAAACAAAGAUAUGUAAGCUGGAAGAUUUUUAUUGUCAGGUAUAUUUUUUGGCCAUAACAUGGAUAUAAAUAAAAUUUAAAACACAAUUUCCACCAUACUAAGUUUCCCUUUUUUUUUCUCCUUUGGUCAGACUCCUCAUAAUACUUCAGGGAAAAAGAGAAGGUCAGUGCGGUUGAUGAAAAGGGCAGCAACAGAGCGCAAAGGAAACAACAGUCGGCGCAAAUCGCGUGAAGUAUUCUCGCACACGACGGUAAGCAGCGAAGAUCAUGGCACUUCAACCCUGGCUUCACACGGAUCCUACCAUGACUUUGCUGUACGCUUAUCUUUUGUAAUGUGUUUGUUGUUUCCUCCACAAUGCAGCACAAGAUAGUUUUCAAGCAGUAUAAAUAAGACAGUGUUGAAAUCUAAGUUUCUGUGAAUCCAAGGAUGGUAUAGUUUUUGUCAACCCUUUGAAUUCCUUUUUAGUUCAUUUUGCAAUUUUUUUUUUUUUUAGUUUGGGGGAGUGGGUGGUCAUUCCAAACAUUGGAGAGUGCUAAGUUCUUUGGGUUUUUUUUUUUUUUUUUUUUUAACUCUUUCCUUCAAAGACAAAAAUUUUUUUUUUUUUUUUGUUUUUUUUUUUUUUUUUUUUUGCAAUUUUUUUUUUUUUUUGUUUGGGGGAGUGGGUGGUUAUUCCAAUUAUUGGAGAGUGCUAAGUUCUUUGGGUUUUUUUUUUUUUUUUCUUUGAACUCAUGCCUUCAAAGACAAGACUUUUUAUAUAUUUUUUAAAUUGGUGCUGCAUUGUUCUGUUAUGUUGAAAAUAACAGCUACAUUUUGGUUCUUAAAGCAAGUAGAUUUUGAAAGUUGCUUUCAUUUGGGAGGUUUGGUGUCGGUUAUAUAUAACCUAGAAAAACUAGACUGGUUUAAGAACCAAAUGGUUACUGUUGCAAUAUUUAGAUUUUAUUUUUUAUUAUUUUGAAUUUUUCCCCCCUUAAACUUAAAAUAAUCUAAAUUAUAUGUUGUUUUUUUUAUUUAAAAAAGUACUGCGCAUUUUAAUUUUCUGUUCCUUUUAAGAGCCUUUGUGUCGGCUUUAUCUAUGAAUUAUUAAUAUUAGUAUAUUUUUCUAUUAAUAAAAAAGCAUUAAAAUUUAUAAAGCUUAAAAUGAAUGCGCUUGAAAUGUAAUUUUCUUUCAUGAGUAGAAGGUCUUCCAUUGUAACUAUAAGUAUAAGAGUAAAUGAGAUAGAUUGUCUAGAAUAAACAUGCAAACAUGGACUCUCCCAGGCAUUGAAAGGGUCAUAAAAUAUCUACUGUAAUAAAAAUAAUGUAUACAUUAGCCUUAAAGUUUUUAAAAAAUGAUAGGGGAUUAAAUUAUUUCUCUUGCUAAAUCAUAUACAGUAACAAUAGCUCUAAUUUUCAUGUAUUUUUAUAACUUUUCAUUUUUUUUGUAUAACUAGAAUUUUGUGAGUGCAUCCAAAGCUUCUUCGCCAAGUGCUGAACAAUUUUAGGGAUUUUAAAUGAUCUGGUGAGCAUGCUAAUUUUGGCAUGCUUUACCUUGCUACCAUUGUCCUUUUUUUUUUUUUGGAUGUUUCCCAUUGUUGAAAAGGAAUGACUUGUUCUGAUCUAAAUAAAUCUUUAACAUGGUCUACAACCACAUAAAAAAAAAAAAUGAACAAUUUUAGGGAUUUUAAAUGAUCUGGUGAGCAUGCUAAUUUUGGCAUGCUUUACCUUGCUACCAUUGUCCUUUUUUUUUUUUGGAUGUUUCCCAUUGGUGAAAAGGAAUGACUUGUUCUGAUCUAAAUAAAUCUUUAACAUGGUCUACAACCACAUAAAAAAAAAAAUCUGUUCCUCUUUGUUGAAUAAUGUCAGACCUGUUUACUCUUAGGAUUUUGGCGUACAGUGUAUGAUUUUUAGGUGCAUACAUUAUAUAUAAUAAUUAAGAUAAUGUAUUGAAAGAUUUUGUGUUGAUAUUGUACGAUUUUAAGAGUUUUAGGGUAAACAGGUCUGUAAUUAUGCCUUUUGAAACUUGCACUCUUAAAAAAGGGAAUACCGGUAAUUAAUUUAUGGACAUAGUUGGCAAGGUCAGGCUAUGUCAGCUUAUUUAACUUAUACUUAUAUUAAUGGUUCAAUUGUCCCCUGGUAUCAGUGGAACCAGUAAUGAAACUGCAGUUCAUUUUGAUAUUUCUAGCAAUUCCUAUUUCAAUAGUUUUUAAAAAAUUUAUGUCAUACCGGGUAGUCCUUUAUGAUGGGAUUUCAAAUUUUGGCUACAAAUCAAAUAGAUAGUUGAGAAACUGGAGACAGUUAAAUUAAAGUAUUAGAUGUACAUCCACACAUGAUGUUGCAAUCCAUACUGUACACAGAAAGCAGUCUUAUUGACUUCUUUCAGCUUAAUAAUUCAUGAAAUUCUUUCAUUUAAAAAUACAAAUUCUGCUCCCUUCCUGAGCUUUAACUUUUUGCACCAGGGCUCAUAACAUAUUAUGGACACCCUGUACCUUAAAAGUUGUGUUUCCUGUUGAAUAGUGAAGAUGCUAUUUUAUCCAUUUUUUAGUGUGCUAAAACUUAUAGAUGCCACCUUACAGGCUAGUGUGUAUUAAAAUAUUAUAAACAAUUUAUUUCUUCUAAUAUGCUUUGGACGUGGUUUUAAUUAGGAUACAAAAUAAAAUCCUGCUACCGGGUACUGCUAAAAAAAACAAUGCAUUUACUAUUACUAUAUAAAAAAAAUUGUAAGCUUUUUAAAAGUUAAGUAAAUAUAUUCUUCAUGAAAUUGCAUUAUUUAAAAAUCAAUAAUUUGUCUACAUCCUUAUUACUGCGUUAUCAUUUAUUGAUUUCUAAAUGGUGUAAGAUGUCUUCAAUAAUUUUUAUUUCAUUAAAACUAUUUUCCUUUGUUUCAGAUUGGAUUGUCUCGACCACAUUGCCGCAGUAGUGUUGUGCCUUCUGCUAAUCUUACUUCAAAACCUAAAUAUUAGCUAUCUACUUGUGGGUACUGCUGGAACUUGUACUUAGCAGUUCAUUUGACUGUGAUUUGAUUGGUACUGUUGUGAAUGAAAUGUGAAGUUAUCUGAAUUUCAACUCAUCUGAAACAAAUUUAAACAUUUUUUAAAGGUUGUAGCAUGUCCUUUAAAUUAAGUAACAUAAUAUGUACGUAGUUAAUAUUUAUUUAAUAAGUUGAUAAGCUGUGCAUUAUUUAUAAUUAUACAUUUUCCAGGUGCAUGUAGGGUGGGAAACUGACCAUUUUCAUUAAUUCCAAUGAGACAUUAUAUCAUUCAUAUACUGUAUUUGUUGUAACAUGGAAAAUCCAUUUUGCAAAAGAAUAUUUUGCCAUGAAUCAUGCAGCUAUUGAAUAUUAAAUUUAAGUCCCAAAAAAAUAGACCAUUCUUGCAGUUAAACAAAAUUUGAUACUCUACCGGUAUUGUCUUUAUUUUUAAUAGCACUGAUUUCAAUGUAAUAUUGCCCUUCGGACAUUCUGGGUGCUUCAUCAUUGUGGGGUGAUACUUAAUGCCUCUGUUUACUGUUGGUAUAAAUUUAUAAACCAGAAUCAAUAGCUUUUACCUUUUAAAUUUCACUAUUCGGUGCUAAAUCAAAAUAUUCAAUAAAACCCUACUGUGUAUAUACUUUGUGCAUUUAUUUCAUUUAGUUUCAUCAAAAUCUGUUCAUAUUUUUGUGACUUAAUUAUUUUGCACAUUUUUGCUCUGUAUAUUGUGACUGGCUUUGUAAAUAACAUUUGAGUGAGUGAAGCAAGUAGUAGUUACAGAUCAGUGUUUCCCAACCUUUUGUGUGGUCUUGCAACCCCCACAAUAUGUUUGACAAGCGUUGCACCCACUACAAUUAUAACAAAGCAUUUUAAAAAUUGAAAAAGGACUUUAAAUUUAUUUGUAAAAGUUAAUGGAUACUCUGUUCUUUAAUUUUAAUUAAUAUUACAGCCACCUCACACCCCAGGUUAGGAAACACUGUUGUAGUGUUCAUUACAUACUGGUAGUAGACAAUAUACUUCAUUACUCAUUGUAUUUUAAAAAUUUAAAAUUGUUAGCAAAAUAAAAGUUUUGAAGUUAUGUUUCUAUAAAACAAACUUGUAAGAUACAUAGAAAUCACAAUAUGACUUUGCAUUAUUUAUCCCGGACUUACUUGAAACUGCAUGAUGCAAAGGUGCUUUUGCUAAGAAUUAAAAUACUGGUAACAUACAUUUAUCAAUUACUUUUAACUUUUAAUGGUAAAAAAAAAUACAAAGUAGUACAGUGUAAACAGAAUAGAAUUGAGCCAUUCAUUUAUUUUAUCAUGCCGAAAACCACAUUUUUUUGCAGGAAUAUUUAAAUAUUGAAAUCUGUUCAGCUAGCUCAAAUCUAGUGAAAGUGUUUCUUCAGUACCGGUACAGUACCAAUGUAAUCUGUAAGAUAUAAAUUAAUUUUAUGAAAGGUAACAUAAAUUUAAGUCUUUUACUUUUACAUAUUUUUUGAAAAACUUAUGAAAUAUAUUGUCUUCCAUUUGUGUAAACCUCUCACCUAGCGUGACAUGUCAUAAGGGAAUUAUGUUAACAGGUGUUAAUCAUUAAUUGUUCUUUUGAAUUUUAUCAAAUUAAAACAAAGACAUUAUUUCACUGAAUAGAUUAAAAAAUAAAAAGGCAGAUUUAUUAUUAUGAUUUUUCUCAUCUUUCUCUCACAUCUCUUUAAAAAAAUUUUUACGUUAAUCUAGAUGACUCAAAUUUCUGAAUAACCAUAUCUUUUAAUAUGAAAAUUCUGUAAAUACACAUUUUUAAAAACUUAAAGUAAAUUGACAUUUUGACAUUUAAACUCCUAAUGAUAAAACUUUCACUGCAUUUACAAUUUGUUCUUGGGUACCAGUACAAAAGACAUCUAAAGAUCUGAGGAAUGCAGCUUAUUUUGUACUGGUAUCUGUAAUGUAAUCUUAACAUGUUUUGUACUGUAAAUAUUUUAUAUAUUAUUAUUAUGCCAUUUCUGC